AUGUCGGUCGAUUUCCCUGCAGAGGAGGCUGCGACGCUCAAGCGCUGGCGAGAAAUCGACGCAUUUCAGACCCAACUGCGGCUUUCGCAAGGGAACAAGCCCUACACUUUCUACGAUGGUCCGCCAUUCGCUACCGGUCUCCCUCACUAUGGCCACUUGCUGGCUUCCACGAUCAAAGACAUUAUCCCGAGGUACUGGUCUAUGAAAGGCUACUAUGUCGAGCGAAGAUUUGGCUGGGACACCCACGGCUUGCCAAUUGAGUACGAGAUUGACAAGAAAUUCAGCAUCUCGGGUCCUGCUGCGGUCAAAGAGAUGGGAAUUGCCAAAUACAAUGCCGAGUGCAAAGCUAUUGUCAUGAGAUAUGCGACGAAAUGGAGAGAGACCAUCGACCGGCUAGGGCGGUGGAUCGACUUUGACAACGACUACAAAACCAUGAACGCUACCUUCAUGGAGUCUGUGUGGUGGGUGUUCAAGCAGCUCUAUGAUCAAAACCAGGUAUACCGCAGUUACAGGGUGAUGCCGUUCUCUACUGCUCUCAGCACUCCUCUAAGCCAGCACGAAGCGCAAUCAAAUUACAAAGAAGCCCAAGACCCUGCUGUGGUCAUCGCCUUUCCUCUUGUGGACGACCCUAAAACAAGUCUUCUCGCUUGGACAACCACGCCAUGGACAUUGCCUUCCAAUCUUGCCUUGGCAGUGAACCCCAAGUUUGAGUACAUCAAGUUUGAGGACAAAGAGACCGGGCAGACAUUCAUCAUGCUCGAGAAACUACUGCGGACACUAUACAAAGAUCCGAAGAAGGCCAAGUUUACCAUUCUCGAGAAGAUCAAGGGCACCGACCUGAAAGGACUUCGAUACACGCCGCCUUUCGAUUACUUUCAGGAAGAGUUCAAAGACACAGCCUUCAAGGUCCUACUGGCGGACUAUGUCACAGACGACGAUGGUACGGGUGUGGUCCACCAGGCCCCUGCCUUCGGUGAGGACGAUUUCCAGGUUGGCAUGGCAAACGGCAUUGUUAGUCAUGAGAGGCUGCCACCAAACCCUGUUGACGAGACUGGUCGUUUUACCAAAGAGAUCACGGACUUUGUGGGCCAGCAUGUGAAGGAAGCAGACAAGCACAUUAUCAAGCACCUGAAGGCGAGCGGAAGACUGAUCCGAGAAAGUCAGUUAACCCAUCCUUACCCAUUCUGUUGGCGGUCCGACACACCUCUCAUCUACCGUGCGGUAUCUGGUUGGUUCGUCAACAUUGCCGGCAACAACAAGGUCCCGAGCAUCAUCCCAGACAUGCUCGAUGGCAUCGCCAAAUCACACUGGGUUCCCAAUUUCGUGAAAGAGAAGCGCUUCGCAGAAUGGAUCAAAAAUGCCCGCGACUGGAACAUAUCCAGAAAUCGAUACUGGGGCACACCUAUCCCGCUUUGGGCAAAUGAAGACUACUCGGAAGUCAUCGCCGUGGGAAGCAUUGAAGAGCUGAAGAAGCUAAGCGGUCACAAAGGUGAAAUCACUGACCUCCACCGCGACACCAUCGACGACAUCACUAUCCCGAGCCAAAAGGGCAACGGCGUCCUAAAGCGCGUGGAAGAAGUUUUUGAUUGCUGGUUCGAGUCAGGAAGCAUGCCAUACGCCUCAUCACACUACCCCUUCGAGAACUCAGAACGAUUCGAACAGACCUUCCCAGGCGACUUCAUUGCCGAGGGUCUGGACCAAACUCGGGGUUGGUUCUACACAUUAGUCAUCUUGGGCAUCCACCUGAAAAAGAUGCUCCCUUUCAAAAAUUGCGUGGUGAACGGCAUCGUGCUUGCCGAAGACGGCAAGAAGAUGUCCAAACGUCUCAAGAAUUAUCCGGACCCUACCACAGUCAUUGACAAAUAUGGUGCAGACGCUCUUCGUCUCUACAUGAUCAACUCACCCGUGGUGCGGGCUGAGCCCUUGAGAUUCAAAGAAGCCGGUGUCAAAGAGAUCGUCGCCAAAGUGCUUCUACCCUUCUGGAAUAGCUACAAAUUCUUCGAGGGCCAAGUUGAGCUCUUGAAGAAAGUAGAGGGCAUCGAGUACGUCUUCGACCCCAAGGCCGAAUCGACAAAUACAAACGUCAUGGACAAAUGGAUCCUGGCCAAAACCCAAAGUCUCCUCAAGUACAUUAACGAGGAGAUGGCGGCGUAUCGUCUCUACACAGUCGUUCCAGGCUUGCUAGAUUUGAUCGACGAAACCACCAACUGGUACAUCCGAUUCAACCGCAAGCGUCUGAAGGGCGAAUUAGGCGUGGACGACACUCUUCAUGCUCUCAACACGCUUUUCGACGUCUUGUUCACCCUGGUGCGCGGAUUGGCACCGUUCACACCUUUCAUCGCCGACCUCAUUUAUUCCAAACUCCUUCCCUUUAUUCCCAAAUCCAUGCACAGUGAAGACAUGCGAAGUGUACAUUUCCUUGCCUUCCCAGAAGUUCGAGAAGAACUGUUCAAUCCAGACGUUGAGAGACGGGUUGGCCGCAUGCAGAAAGUCAUCGAACUUGCUCGACAAUCGAGAGAACGAAGGGCAAUGGGCUUGAAGACGCCCCUGAAGACUCUGCAAUAUCUUGACGAUGUCAGGUCGCUGGAAGGCUACAUCGCGGAAGAACUCAACGUACGAGAUCUGGUGUUGUCGUCAGACGAGGAGAAAUACAACGUCCAAUACAGUGUUACGGCGGACUGGCCUGUUCUAGGCAAGAAACUGAAGAAGGAUGUGCAGAAGGUGAAGAAAGCUCUGCCAGAAGUCACGAGCAUGCAGUGCAAGGACUAUCUGUCGACGGGCAAGCUGAGUGUCGCUGGCAUCGAACUCGUGGGGGGUGAUCUGGUGGUAAGACGAGCAUUGAAGGAAGACGAGGCCUCCAAGGACCAGGAGACGAACACGGACAAUGAUGUUCUCACCAUCUUGGACGUUGCAUCGUACCCAGAACUAGCGCAGGAAGGUUUAGCACGUGAAAUCAUCAACAGAGUACAACAACUUCGAAAAAAAGCGAAUCUCAAGCCGACUGAUGAUGUCAAGAUGGAGUACAAAGUGCAAGAAGAUCCAGAAAAGCUUGGCCUGGAACAGGUCUUUGAGCAGCAGAGUUCUUAUAUUGAGAAAGCGCUCAGACGGCCUGUGGACAAGCAUGUUGUCACGGAGGUGGAAGGACCGAUUGUGAACGGCGUCAAAGGAGACAGCUUGAUCGUUGAGGAAGUGCAGGAGGUUCAGAAAGCCACUUUCUUAUUGAGGCUAUUGAAGCUCUGAAGGACCAGAGAAGUGUACUGGUACUACUGAUCGAACGAUGAGAAAUAGUAUGAUUAUGUGACCAGAAUUGAGUUAUGAGUGCAUGGGUUCAUGGCUCGAUUCUUGCAAGAGUCAAGAUUCUAAGACUUCUUCGCAUGUUUCUACGAAACCAAGUCAGCUCUAUCUUCUGAACAUUGAAGAAAUGUCGUGAACAAGCCUCCUUACCAGGUAACAAUCCUUCAGCCUCAUAAAUUCCUUUGCGCACAUAUCUUGGUACGUCGAUUGGUAGUCUGCUAGUACGCAUUUCCCAUAGGCAGAGGCCUGACCACGUAUGGAUUAGCCAUCUCUCGUAUAGACAGGCGUAACGCCUCCAGACACACUUGAACGUACCUCGACGGAGCAUUUUGCCGCUGCUUCUGCGAAUUUCUCGAUUGGCCGCACACGGCCUGACAUUGUAGGCAUAUUCGAGGAAACCAAAUUGUCUCGGACAAAGGGGCGGGACAGUCCCG